AUGCGGGGCAGUGCUGAGUGUGUGUCUGCCCUCAUGCCCUCCAAUAACCUUAACGCCAAAGACACGGCUGGCAGCACACCCCUCCACUUGGCUGCUAAGCGGGGCAGCGCUGAGUGUGUCUCUGUCCUCACACCCUCCAGUGACCUUAACGCCAAAGACAAGGAUGGUCGCACACCCCUCCACUUGGCUGCUAGUGUUUCUUUGAGGAGUGCUGACUGUGUCUCUGCCCUCAUACCCUCCAGUGACCUAAACGCCAAGGACAAGGAUGGCCGCACACCCCUCCACUUGGCUGCUGAGCUGGGCAGUGCUGAGUGUGUGUCUGCCCUCAUGCCCUCCAAUAACCUUAACGCCAAAGACAAGGAUGGCCGCACACCCCUUCACUUGGCUGCUAUGCGGGGCAGUGUUGAGUGUGUGUCUUCCCUCAUGCCCUCCAGUGACAUUAACGCCAAAGACAAGGAUGGCCGCACACCCCUUCACUUGGCUGCUAUGAGGGGCAGUGUUGAGUGUGUGUCUUCCCUCAUGCCCUCUAGUGACUUUAACUCCAAGGACAAGGAUGGCCGCACACCCCUCCACUUUGCUGCUAAGCAGGGCAGCGCUGAGUGUGUCUCUACCCUCAUACCCUCCAGUGACCUUAACGCCAAGGACGAGGAUGGCCGCACACCCCUCCACUUGGCUGCUAGUGUUUGGUUUGGGAGUGCUGAGUGUGUGUCUGCCCUCAUACCCUCCAGUGACCUUAACGCCAAGGACAAGGAUGGCCGCACACCCCUCCACUUGGCUGCUGAGCUGGGCAGUGCUGAGUGUGUGUCUGCCCUCAUGCCCUCCAAUAACCUUAACGCC